AUGGCGGCAGAGAAUAAACUUAGGGUCAAGCUUGGCAAGCCGAUUCCUGACCUUAAUGCCCACGGGUGCCUCUACGUCCAUCAAGGCGACGAUCAAAACGCUCUUGCUGUCUCCUUCAAGCGCACUAUCCGCGUUCCUGAUGAUGGCACUACUUAUCAUCUUCCGCCAAACCUUGGAAACUUCCCUCUUUAUAAUGUUGCUCAUUACGAGGAGACUCUUCCCGAGGGCAUGAUGCUCAAGGGCGGUUGUUUCAUGCCUGUUCAUGUACGGGAGGCUCUUUGGAUCCGCUUCAAGUCUACCCGCCCUUUCGCAGUCAAGGUCCUCCUUGGAGGCAUUAACGCCAUCUCUGGUGAGCCCAUCCCCGAGACCUUCGCCACUGCCCUCCGUCGAGCCCGCCUUCUCAAUGAGCAAAAGCCCAUCCAAGACUACGCUGUUAUUGAACCCGCCAAUCAUUCGCAGCUUUGGCUUGAUGGUAUUGCAAAGCAAAAUGGCACAGUCGCGCAAUUCGUCGCAGUUCCCACUGGCUCUGGAUACUCGGUCGAGGCACAGAUCGCAAAUGAUGAUACUGUUGGCGGCAUUCAGAUCAUGGUUACUCCGAUCAAGAAGGCUAGCUUUGGUGUCAUUCAGGUUAAUCGUCUUGGAGGAUCCUCAAUCUUCUUAAAGGUCCGAAUCAGUCACACGGUCUUCAAGUUGUUAAAAGCCAUUUCUGAGCGCACUGAAAUUCCUGUUGAGCAGAUGGCUCUUCUGUACCAAAAUCGUCGCCUCGAGAAGGACCGUCUGCUCUACUCUUAUGGUAUCGAAGACAAAUCCAUCAUAAACCUGGUCUUCAACCUCCAAGGUGGCGGUGCCCUCAUCCCUGCUCACCCAAUUCCCAACGGUGAGAUGUCCCUCGGCGUUGGUGGUCUCAUCAAGCAAUCUAUCCUCCGCGAUCCUCACCCGUCUUCCGCGUGGGACAAUGACAACACAGCCAUGUUUAACAUCCAACUCUUGUCGGCCGACGUCUUUGAACGCGUUACCGGCACCGCACCACCUCCUUCCCCAGUCACGGCUGAGAGUUAUGCUGCUGCUGGUCUGCCAUUCUUUGAGAUUCAGGGCGAGCAAGGUCAGGGGGUGCAAGGAUUGUUCUCCGAUAUCAAGAGCGUUGGCCAGAUUGAUGAGGGGAAUGGAGUGGGUGGCUUGGAGAAGGAGUUGGCGUUCCCAACCGUCGAGCUGGAUAAGACUGGCCAGAGAGUCGGAUUUAGGGGUGUCGAUCAAUUGAUUGCAGAUGUCAAGGCUUGGGGCAUUGAGACCGCUUUUUGAGGCAGAUGAAGGCGUUCGCGAUCAUCUCGCUCAGAGAUGAGAUAAUGAAUGAGGGGUAACUGGUCACUGGGGAGGAUACCUUGUAUCUAAUUUUGGGAGUUCUGCGAUCCUGGGCUGGACAGACACUCAAGGAGUCAAUGGGUUCAGUUUCAGUUUCUUCUUCUGAGAACAAACCUGGAUAGGAAUGGCUUACGGAUGCUCCGCUGGCAUGCGUUGAGCUGUAUAACAGGCCGCGAACUACCGAGAAUUUGGGACAAGUCUUUUACUUCCCACAUUUCUUCUUCUCCAGUGUUUAUUUGAUGUCCUGAUUUGAUAACUGUUUAGUUCCGAUUCUGGUUAAGCAAAUGACGUUCAC